GACAGUGACCAGAGACCAGGAAAAGGGGAGGGAAGAAGAGAGACAGAAAGAGAGCGUCAAAGAAAUGGUGAUAUGGAGGAAGAGAAGAAGGGGCCACCAUGCACCUCUGGCUGGGCUGAGCCUCCCAGGGAGGAGGAGCUCAGAGGCACUGGCAGAGAAGGGGAAGGAAGCAGAGGGGAGGAGCCUCAGCUUGGCAUGGAUAUGGAAGAUGCAGUGCGAGGGGCCCCUGGCCCGACCCGGCCAGCUCCGGUCAGCAUCAUUGGUGCCGAAGAUGAGGACUUUGAGAAUGAGCUGGAGACGCACCCAGAGGAGCGGAGCAGCGAGUUCCAGAGCCUGGAGCAGGUGAAGCGCCGCCCCGCCCACGUCAUGGCCCUCCUGCACCACGUGGCUCUGCAGUUCGAUCCGGGACCCCUGCUGUGCUGUCUCCAUGCUGACAUGCUGGCCACGCUGGGCCCCAAGGAGGCCAAGAAAGGCUUUCUGGAUCUCUACCACAACUUCCUAGAGAAGACGGCGGUCCUGCGCGUGCCCGUACCCCCGUCAGUGUCCUUUGAGCUCGACCGCACGCGCCCAGAACUGCUCCCUGAGGAGACCCAGCGGCGAUUCCUCCAGGAGGUGGUUCGGGCCCAGCAGAACACCGUCUCCCGUCAGCUCGAGGACUUCCGGUCUAAGCGGCUCAUGGGAAUGACCCCUGGGGAGCCAGAGUUGUCCCAGCUGGAAGCCUGGGCAGCCCGGGACAGGGUCAGCUUUGAGGGCCGGGAGCGCCUCGUGGCAGAGAGGCUCCUGAACCGGCUGGAGGACGUGCACCCGACCAGCUCCAUGGAUGAGGAAAAGAGCGUGGCGAUAGUGAACGCGAUCAGCACCUACAUGCGCUACCUCGGCGUUCGGACCAAGAGUGGUGACAAGAAGGCCCGAGGGAACUUCUUCCGGAAAAAGAUGAACCGCCGCACAGAUGAUCCCACCAAGACCAAGAAGAGCUUCAUAGGCAUGCUGGAUGCGGCCCUCUGGAGCCGCGGAGAGGCACAGGCUCCUGACUUCCGACACCCGAAAGCUGAGAGUGACGGUGAGAAGUCGGGGCUUCCCGAGCGGAAGAUCAGCCAGGUGACUCCCCCAAGGGGGAUCGUUGGGCCUCCCGGUCCGGAUGCCCCAGGAGUCACUGUGCAUCCCCCUCCAGGUGAAAGCCCGGACAAGGAGCCAGGUACUGAUCCACCCUCAGAAGUGGGGGACCCACCCCCCCAAGGCCCAUCAAGCUCAGAGUCCCAUCUCCCAGAGAGCAGCACAGAGGAUGGGGCCGACACGGAGAGCCCUGAGCCAGGUGAGGAGGGGGAGCCGGGCCGCGGGGGGCUGGAGCUGGAGCCUGAGGAGCCGCCUGGCUGGCGGGAGCUGGUCCCCCCUGACACCUUGAGUGGGAUGCACAAGAACCAGGUGAAGCGACAAGAGGUGAUCAGUGAGUUGCUGGUGACGGAGGCGGCCCACGUGCGCAUGCUUCGGGUUCUCCAUGACCUCUUCUACCAGCCCAUGGCUGAUGGGGGCUUCUUCACAAUGGACGAGCUACAGAACAUCUUUCCCAGCCUGGAUGAGCUGAUCGACGUGCACUCUCUGUUCCUGGAGAGCCUGAUGAAGCUACGGCAGGAGAGCGGCUACCUCAUCGAGGAGAUUGGAGAUGUGCUGCUGGCCAGGUUUGAUGGCCCUGAGGGCUCCUGGUUCCAGAAGAUCUCUUCUCGAUUCUGUAGCCGGCAGUCCUUUGCUCUGGAGCAGCUCAAGGCCAAGCAGAGAAAGGAGCCGAGAUUCUGCACCUUUGUGCAGGAAGCAGAGAGCAGGCCCCGCUGCCGGCGGCUACAGCUCAAAGACAUGAUCCCCACAGAGAUGCAGCGACUUACAAAGUACCCUCUGCUUCUGCAGAGCAUCUGGCAGAACACAGAGGAGCCAAAGGAGAAGGCAAAGGUGGAGCAGGCUGCUGAAUGCUGUAAGGAGAUUCUGCAUCAUGUGAACCAGUCUGUGAGAGAUAUGGAGGACCUGCUGCGCCUCAAGGACUACCAGCGCCGUCUGGACCUGUCCCACCUGCGGCAGAGCAGUGACCCCAUGCUGAGUGAGUUCAAGAACCUGGACAUCACCAAGAAGAAGCUGGUGCAUGAAGGGCCCCUGACCUGGAGAGUGACCAAGGACAAGGCUGUGGAGGUGCAUGUGCUUCUGCUGGACGACCUCCUGCUCCUGCUGCAGCGCCAGGAUGAGAGGCUGCUGCUCAAGUCCCACAGCCGCACGCUGACCCCGACGCCCGACGGCAAGACCAUGCUGCGGCCCGUGCUGCGCCUGACCUCGGCCAUGACCCGUGAGGUGGCCACCGACCACAGGGCUUUCUACGUCAUCUUUACCUGGGACCAGGAGGCUCAUAUCUAUGAACUGGUGGCCCAGACAGUGUCGGAGAGAAAGCACUGGUGUGCCCUCAUCACCGACACUGCCGGCUCUCUGAAGGUCCCAGCCCCUCUCGGGAGGCUCAGGUCCCGCCCGAGCCCCACCAGUACUCGGGAGCCCCUGAUCAGCAUCUCUGAGAAUGGAAACAGCAGCAGAGAAGCCCCUCAGGCCGAAGGCCGCUGUGAGCGCAUCCUGUCUGACCUGCUGCCCUUCUCCUGCCCGGACACGGAGGGACAGCUGGCGGCCUCUGCCCUCCGAGAAGUUCUUUCGCUUAAGCAAAUCCUGCUCCCAGCAGAGGAGGAGAACGGGCCUGGGCCAGCCCCGGAGGGUGAGGGGGUGCCUGGGGCUGCCCAGACCCAGGAGGUGCGGGAGAGACUUCUGACCUUGGAAGACACCAUCAAGAGACUGGAGGAAGUAGAGGAAGAAUUCUGUCGGCUCAGACUCGUCAUUUCCCAGCUCAAUGGGGCCUCCCCUAGCUAGGCCGGCUGCACCUGAGGGCCGGGCAGGUGAGCCCCACCGUGGAGGGUGGCCCUGGGGGACCAGGACAUGGGGGCGCCCUCCAGAGCUGUGGGCCGGCUCCUUCAGGGAACAAGGCCCCCUCUUACCAUGCCCCCCUGCCCCCCAGGGCCCUCUCCAAAGGAGGAUGGGAAGGGGGAGGGGGAGAUGUCGGCAUGCUCCCUCCAGCGAAUCAGCCACUGCCCAUGUCUGCAGAGAGGGGGCCAGCAGGCAGGCGGGGCCCCCCAGGCUGCUCUUUCUCUUCUGUCCCCGGCCCCUUGGGGGAUCUCAGGGCUUUAACCCAGCUCCCCUUCACUGAUGGGAUGUGUCAGUAUUCCGCCCCCACCCGUGGGGGCCUUCUUCCCCAGCCCUUCCUUCUCCAGUGCCUUACCUGUUAUGCAUUGUUUUUAUAUUCUGAGGUUUAUUUUUAAUAUAUAUAUAUAUAUGUAUGUAUA